AUGGAUCGCAUAGCAAAAUUGGCAUCCCAAAAGGCAGUGGUGAUUUUCAGCAAGAGUUCAUGCUGCAUGUGUCAUGCAAUCAAAAGACUGUUUUACGAGCAAGGAGUGAGCCCUAUGAUUCACGAGCUCGACGAGGACUCGAGGGGAAGGGAAAUGGAGUAUUCUCUCAUUAGACUAGGUUGCAACCCCUCUGUGCCCGCGGUUUUCAUUGGGGGUAAAUUUGUGGGCUCUGCUGAGACUGUAAUGACACUCCAUCUCGAUGGCUCCCUAAAAAAGAUGCUCAUAGACGCUCGAGCUAUAUGGCUUUAG